GCGCUCGGGGAUGCUCUGCGGGCAGGGCCGCCUCUCCCGCGUGCCCAGCGCCUCUCCUGCCGGCGGACCCGCAGCAGGUUUGCUUUCCCUCUCUCCUUGCGAUUCCAGCCCAGCAGUUCCAUCCUCAGGGAGAAAUCCUUCCUGUAUGGAUCAGCCUUCUAGUGAUGGUGAAACUGGCAGAAGAGCACUCUAAGCAAACCCAGGAUGAUUCGGGUCCCAGCUGAUGCAGAAAAUGCUCACAGUAGCAGUGUGGAAUCUUGUCCUUCCUUGCGGGAUGUCCACUCCAUCAACCCCACACAGCUGAUGGCAAGGAUUGAAUCGUAUGAAGGCAGGGAGAAGAAAGGCAUCUCAGAUGUCAGAAGGACUUUCUGUUUGUUUGUUACAUUUGAUCUCUUGUUCAUAACCUUACUGUGGAUAAUAGAAUUGAAUGUAAAAGGAGGCAUUGAGACUACCUUAGAGAAAGAAGUCCUACAUUAUGACUACUCUUCUUCAUAUUUUGAUAUAUUUCUACUGGCAGUCUUUCGGUUUAAGGUGUUAAUACUUGCAUAUGCAAUGUGCAGACUGCGCCAUUGGUGGGCAAUAGCUUUUACAACAGCAGUGACCAGUGCCUUUUUAUUAGCAAAAGUAAUUAUUUCACAGCUGUUCUCACAGGGUGCUUUUGGCUAUGUGCUGCCCAUCAUAUCAUUCAUACUUGCCUGGAUUGAAACUUGGUUCCUGGACUUUAAAGUGUUACCACAAGAAGCUGAAGAAGAAAAUAGAUUUUUGAUAGCACAGGAUGCUUCAGAACGAGCAGCUCUUCUUCAUCCAGGAGUCCUCUCUGAUGGGCAGUUCUAUUCUCCCCCUGAGUCUGUAGCAGGUUCUGAUGAAGACUCUGAAGAAAAACAAGACAGUGAAAAACCAAUUGUAUAGCAAAUAAGAAAAAGCAG